AAUUCAGGUCUUGCGGUGACAACCGGACAGUCCGGGGUCGGCUCAAGAACACAACGGUGUUGAACCAGUACUCCUCCAUGUUGUCGACCUCGCUGGUGCGGACGGCGCAUCGCGCCACGCAGCGUAGCAUCCCAGCAUGCAGACGAUACGCAUCACACGGUAGCGGUCCGAAGUACAACGAGCCUUCUGGCUACCUGUUUGGCGAGAAGCCACUACCGCCGGGCGAGAAGCGUAAGAAAGAGGACUGGGAGAGCGUUUGGUAUGCGGGGAUGUAUGGGACGAUGCUGCUGGCGGGCGUUCUCCUCUACUACAAGCCUGACACGAGUCUGUCAACAUGGGCGUACAACGAGGCGAAGAGCCGGAUGGAAGCGCGAGGAGAGAAGACCGACUAUCCUUGA